UUCUUAUUUCAUAGAGAUCUGUGACCUUGAAAAGGACAUUAAUUUGCAGUCUCGCGCUCCUGGUUACCAUGGAGAUGGUUCUACUGUUGAUAGCCCUGUUGCCAGGACUGGCAAUUGCCGGAGCUCCACAUUACCCGAUAUUUGGCCCCGGUGUUGGCGGAGUUGUUCCCCCUUACCAGCAUCUACAAGAAUAUAAUGACUUUGGAUCUAUGAAAGCAUUCGUUGGUAAGCGUUACAUGGAUAUUCCCAUGAAUUCGAUGCCAGGUCCUGUGUACCAGGGAAUAAACGCAUUGCCAUGGACACAGUUUAAGGGGCAAAUGCAAAACUUCCCCAUGUAUCACAACUUUAUUCCCAACCAACCGCCGAUGUUCCACGGAGGGGCAGGCUUCCCGCCAAAUGGCAACUUCGGCCACCAGUUUUGUGACACACGGGUACCCUGGCAGAUCGCCCAUCAGGCCUACUGGGGCACACCAAACACGGAGCAGUUUGGCGAAAACAUGGGUGCCAACCAGGUUGCUUUUCCACAAGGUUACUAUGAUGACCAGGGAGGAUGGAAGCCACUUCCGGUGGACAAUCCACUCGAACACAUUAUGUCACCCAAUAGCGGUGCCCAGGGUCAGGUGGCGGUGAAUGGUGCGCCUUACUAUGACAACAACAUAAAUUGGAUGCCGAACCGCGCCACGAGCGGGGUCUUCGGGCCGAACACAGGACCGGAAAUCCAGUUCGGUGAACAGAAGAAAGAUGAUGAAGCCUAA